UGCAGCUCCCCAUGCUGAUCUCGUAGAAACCUUUUCACACAAACACAAAAUCGAAGCUCAAUCAACCUCGCGCGAAUCAAUCGUCAUUGUCAACCAAAAACCUUAUUCCUUCACGUCGCAAACUAACCAAAAUCACAACGUCAAUGCAUCUCUUUUAGGGAUAUUUAUCAUUUUUGUUUCUAGGGUUUCCAAAUCAGUGAUUUCCAAUGGCAUUAUUACGUAAAUUGUUGCCCAAGAAACCGCCUGAUAACCUUGUUUGGGUCUUUGAAAGAAUCUACGUCUUUGACUGCUGUUUCAGCAGUGGAGCUUGGGAAGAAGAUUAUAAAGCUUACACUGGCAACAUAAUAAGACAAUACAAGGAAAGCUGUCCCGAAUCUUCGAUCAUGAUUCUUGAUUUCCGGGAUGGAGAAAAAGAAAGCAAGAUUGCCUCAGCUUUGGCAGACUAUGAUAUUACAAUAAUGGACUAUCCUCGGCAUUAUGAAGGUUGCCCGUUGCUCUCAAUGGAGGUGAUCCACCAUUUUCUAAAAUCAACCGAAAGUUGGCUCUCAGCUGCACAAGAAAAUAUUCUUAUAAUGCAUUCCGAGCUUGGUGGUUGGCCGGUUUUGGCAUUCAUGGUAGCCGCUCAUACACUUUAUAGACAAAAUUUCACUGUUGAAACCAAGGCCUUGGACACGGUUUAUAAGCGGGCUUCUAAUGAUUUGUUGCCUGGGAUGUCACCACUGAAUCCUGUGCCUUCUCAGUUGAGGUACUUACAAUAUAUAUCGAGGAGGAAUGCGGAUUCAGAAUGGCCUCCUGCUGACAAGGCACUCACUUUGGAUUGUGUAAUAAUGAGAACGAUUCCUGAUUUUGAUGGAAAGGGGGGCUGUUGUCCUGUAUUUAGGAUUUAUGGACGCGAUCCUUUGUUACAUGUUGAUAGGACUCCUAAACUUCUGUUCUCAACCCCAAGGAGACGAAAGAAUAUCCGAUACUAUAAUCAGGCAGAUAAUGAACUUGUUAAAAUCGAUAUCAACUGUCAUAUUCAAGGUGAUGUUGUGCUGGAGUGUAUUAGCUUACAUGAUGACCUUAAAGAAAAAAUAAUGUAUCGCGCCAUGUUCAACACAGCAUUCAUCAAAUCAUAUAUGUUGGUACUUAGUCGUGAUGAAAUUGACGUAUAUUGGGAUACUAAGGAUCAAUUUCAUAAAGACUUCAGGGCUGAGCUUCUUUUCUCCGAAAUGGAUGCCUCGGCUAUCAUGAUUCCGGUAUAUUUGUCUAGUUUUGAGGAAGAGGGGCUCCCUAUGGAAGCAUUUGCUAAAGUUCAAGAUAUGUUCGGCAGCGUGGAUUGGCUUGUUCCCAGAAGUGAUGAUGCCUUAAAUAGGCUCCAUCAGAUGCCUUUAUCUGAUGUUGUUAGUGAAAUGUUCGAAAGUAGUUCUUAUCAAAGAACUGAAUCAAGAAAUUUGCUUCAAACACUUCCUAACAUAAAUAAUAAUCAGGAUGAAGAAAUCAAAUCAAAGACCCCACGCUUGGAUGCUCUUGGGCCUAGAAGCAUUUCUCUUCCCGGAAAAUUACCUUCAUCAUCAUUAUCGUCGUCAUCAUCAUCAGCAACACAAACGUCCGUGGAUGCUUCUAAAAAAUCUCUGUCUUUUUCAUCAUCCAUGCCACCUAAUAUAAUAUUUGCAUGUGCACAUCCUUCCGUUUCUGAAAAACCGCAUGAAACUGCAACGCCUUCAUCAGCUCCUCCUCCACCACCACCACCACUUCCAAAGGAGACCAGUGGACCACCUCCACCCCCUCCUCCAAAUACGGAGACUGGACCUCCUCCUCCACCUCCACCAGCCCCGCCAGCACCAAAACCACCAGCACCGCCAGUCCCCCCACCACCAAAAUCUAAGCCAGCACCAUCACCCCCUCCUCCAGCUGCUUCUUCUUCUAAAGGAAAUGCGAAAGGAGGUGGUGGUGCACCACCCCCACCGCCAUCUCUUUCAAACAAUUCCAGUGUGUCUGCUCCAUCCCCGCCACCUCCUACUAACAAGGGGCGCUUAUCAAGGAUGGGUGGUGUGAAAAGUCAACCGGCGAAGAAACUGAAGCCUUUACAUUGGUCAAAGUUCAAUAGAGUAUCACAAGGGAGUUUGUGGGCUGAAAAGCCUGAUGAAGCUACAAGCGUACCGGAGUUUGAUAUGUCAGAACUUGAAAAACUCUUUUCAGCAGCAAAUCCAAAGUCAGACAGGGCUGCAAGAGCAAAAUUGCAAGCAUCUAAUAAACCUGACAUAAUACACCUGAUAGAGCACAAGCGUUCAUACAACUGCGAAAUCAUGCUUUCAAAGGUGAAGAUUCCUUUGCAUGAAUUGAUGGAUUAUGUUCUUGCUCUAGACGAUUCAGUGAUGGAUGUUGAAAUGGUGGAUAACCUUACAAAGUUCUGUCCAACCAAAGAGGAGAUGGAACAAAUCAAGGGAUAUAAAGGAGAUAAGGAUAGCUUGGGCAAAUGUGAACUGUUCUUCAUCGAGAUGAUGAAAGUUCCACGUGCUGAAGCUAAACUCAGAGUUUUCUCUUAUAAGUUACAGUUUAGUACACAGGUUUCAGAUCUUAGUGAAAACCUAAAAAUUGUAUAUUUGUCGGUAGAACAGGCAAGUUUUAUCUUUUACUUUAAUCUUGUAGUUAAUCAGUCGCACUUUAAUCGAAUAGAAUGUUACCUUUUCAUGUAUGUUGACGGUCACCAGAUCAAGAGUUCUGUGAAGUUGAGAAGAAUCAUGCAGACAAUUCUUUCUCUAGGAAAUGCUUUGAACCAGGGAACUUCAAGAGGUGCUGCUGUUGGGUUCAAAUUGGAUAGCAUCCUUAAACUUAUCGAAACACGUGCCAGGAACAACAAAAUGACACUGCUACAUUAUCUUUGUAAGGUGCUUGCCGAAAAACUACCCGAACUCCUGGAUUUCUCCAAGGAACUUGGCAGUUUGGAAGCUGCAUCAAAGAUACAACUAAAAGCAUUGGCAGAAGAAAUGCAAUCUAUUACUAGAGGACUGGAGAAAGUAAUUCAGGAAAAGAGAAUGUGUAAAAAAGAUGGACAUGUAUCUAAACGUUUUCGGAAGUCUCUAAAGAAAUUUCUUACUUCUGCGGAGAGUGAAGUGAAGUCCCUGGCUGUGCUGUACUCUGGGGUGGGUAAAAAUGUGGAUGCUUUAAUUCUUUACUUUGGAGAAGAUCCUGCUCGUUGCCCGUAUGAACAAGUUGUUUCAACGUUGCUUACAUUUGUGAGAAUGUUUAAUCAAGCCCAUGAUGAAAACGAAAAACAAAUAGAAGCCGAAAUGAAGGCGGCCAAGAGAGAAGCUGAACAAGAAAAGUUAAAAGUACACGCGCAUCCUAAAAAUAAGUCAGAAUCAACAAGAAAUACCAAUAAUGAGUCAGAAGUAAUAAGAAAAACUCCUAUAGAAAAUGCUGCAUAAUAACAGAAAAGAAAAUAAUAGUGGUAAUGAUAAUAAAUUAUUAUUAUUUUCCCUCUUCAUUGAAUUCAAAUGGUAGUGAUGGCCAACGGGAUGAAUGUCUGAAAUGUAGAGUUGUAAAACAACGCUGCAACUGACCCGUCAUUCAAUUGAAGUGAAGACAAAUAGGCCGUAGAUGGCAGCUUGUAAAUAUACAUAGGAAUCUUACAGCUAAAAUGGAAAGAUGGUUUGGGCGCGAGAGAUUGCAUGUUUAUUAGAUCCUGUUUUUUGUAGGUUUUAGACUUUUUUUGCAGGUAGAUAACUCUACUUGUAUUAGAUUUGUUGUUUUAACAAAUGAUGAAAUUUUGGGUGUUAAUUGAAAUGUGUUUGAUGGGUUUGUGAUA